AGCGAGAAAGCGGAGGCGAAAAAAAGGGUGGGGGCGUUUAAUCCGGAGUGGGAUUCGAAGCGGCGGCCAAGAAGCUGUCUAGGAAUGACACCAGUUGCAGUCCAGCCCCCGUGGAAAUCUCUAGUUUAUGGUACCGCCUGGUUGUGCAGCAAGAGCAGUGAGUCUCGUCUUUGAGAAGCAAAGAUCUGAACCAGCAAAGGAUUAAUUGCAAAUGAUAUUUUCACCUGACUGGAGCAAGACACCUUGGCGAAAAUGUCACUCGACUUUGACAGUGCCGCUUUACAAAUGCACCAGGAAGAUGAAGAAUAUGAUCAGGAGGAUUAUGCCAGGGAGCAAGAGCUGCAGCAGCUGCUGACCGGCCUUCCCCAUGAUAUGCUGGAGGACAGCGGAGAUCAUCUCUCUGACUAUAGCACACCUGAUGACCAUGAACAAGCACGUGAACCCUGGGAUCAGGAGGCCCCUCGAUGGGAUGGCCACCCACUUGCAGCAAAUCCACAAAGUGAUUAUGAACAAGGUCAGGAUAUGUACAUGGAACGUUACCUUUACGAUCAAGGAAACCUCCAAGGGGAGAUGCACGCCAGUGACUGGCCUGACCAUCCUAAUGAAGGUGAAGAUAGAAGCAUGUUUGAGAUAUCCGGUGGGGCCAACGAAGAGGACUCCAACGAUGUGUAUCUCGGAGGAACUGGGUGUAAAGUGCCCGGCCGCUACCAACAAACCAAUGCGUAUCAUCUUCCAGAAGACUUCAGACCUUACACAAAUGGCCACCAAGAAGAAUUCAGUAACCAGCAUGGCAAAAGAAUGAACACGGCUGAGACGAAGAAGGAACACGUGAAGUUGCAGUUUGGCGCUUCAGAAACAACUGAUAAUCAGCCUGUGGAGGCUUACAAAGUCAUAUAUAAGCCAUAUCAGAAUAACAUCCAGCAGCCAGUCACUCUUUCUCCAGAUGCUGGAAGAAGAAACGAAGCAUUUGAAGAGAUGCAGCAAGAAUUUCUGGCCACUGGUGAGAGUUCUUCAGAGAACAUGCAGAUCCUGCAGCUUCAAGUGCUUAAUAAAGCAAAAGGAAGGAAACUGGAAGAGCUUAAUCUGCAGCUGGAAGAGAAAGCCCAGCAGAUUAGGUAUCUGUCUCACCAGCUUGCAAUUCUGAAAGAUGAAAAGGACGGCAUGUGUCUUAGCCUGCAGGAAAGUCAGAAGCUGUAUCAAAACGGCAAGGAGAAGGAGCUUCAGCUUGAAAGCCAAAUAAAAGUGCUUGAAACCCAAAUUCAGACCCUGACUGCCAAUGAAGAGCAGCUGAUCAAACAGUCGAAAGUGGCGGAGGUUGCCAUGGAAAGCUUGCAGCAGCAGCUCCUGGAACUUCGGAGGUCGGAUGCCCUUCAGCGCGCACGGGAGCAGCACGAGGCUGUGGUGGCCGCCCUCAAGCAGAGAUACGAAGAGCAGGCUUCAUCUUUGCAGCAGAAGCUGGAUGCGACCCACAUGGCACUCCAAGAGCAGUCAGAACUAUGUUGCCGUCUAACUGAGCAUGUGAAACAACUGGAAAGAACUCUUGAAGAAAGCAGAGUGGAAAAAAACGAGAUGAUCGGUCGCCUCUCGAGAAGCCUCGAAGAAAGCCAAAACCAGUGUGCCAGCCUGCUGCAAACAGGCUUGGUCAAUGAGACAAACCAGCUGCGCAUGCAGCUUCAGCAAGCCCAGUCUGCCCAGUUACUAAGCAGUGAAAUGAAUAAAGCUUUGCAGGAGGAACUGAAGGAGCUCAAAGAAGAAAUUGCUCUGUAUGAGUCUGCUGAAACACAUGGGGUGUUUCUCAAUGACCCAGGAGGAGAACUGAAUGUAGAAAUGACUGAUUCGUAUGUGGAUUUAGGCAUUAAAAAGGUCAACAAGAAAACAGGACUACACAGUUCUGUGACGAAUAAAGAGCAAGACAGAGGGCUUUCCAGAGACGAGAUCAUCUUGGACUUGAAGAAUGAAAUGAAGCGUUUACUGAGCAAUAACAAAGCAAAGAGGAACCGGGUUUCUCAGUUACAAAGUGACCUUGAAGACUGCCGUCAAACAAUAGAAGAGCUGAAGCAGCAGCUAGUGAAAAUGAGUGCGAAGGAGCUCAAAGGAAAAAAUGUGGAGGUUCCGUCUGAUGCGGUCCAGUCCGGCACCUCUGAAGAAAUCUUAAGGCUCAAGAAGGAAAAUGAGACUUUGCAGCAAGACAUUAAGAGUCACAAAGUGCGUAUUCAGGAACUAACAGAAAGCCAGGAACAACUGAAGCAUGCAAACCAAGAGCUGUGUAGCCAAAUGAGGCAGAUGGUGCAGGACUCUGACCGGGAUAAGCAAGAAGCUCUCGACAGGUGUGAAAGAACCUACCACCAACAUUACGAAGAAGUGAAGAAAAAGCUUUGCGGAGAGCUUGCGGAAAGGCAUGCGAAAGAAAGAGAGAAAAUCAUCCGUGCCUACGAAGAGAACAUUACCCAGUUAAAGGCUGACCUCGAUGAAUUGAACAAAGAGAUGCUGACGGUGAAGGAAUGUUACAUCUCGGUCUGCAGGGAGAGGGACGAGCAGGAAGCCGGGCUGAAGGCCGCCUGGGAGCAAGAGCAGCGGCUGAAAGAGGAGGAGUUCCAGAAACAGUUCUUGAAGGAAAAGGAAGAGGCUUUGAAGACGCUCAGGACGGAACUGGAGGAAGAGUUCCAGAAUUCCAUGGUGCUCGCCAAGAGUCAGUGGCAGGCAGAGAAAGAAGCAGACCUGAAGCAGCACACGGAGAACGAGGUGGCAAAAGUCAAUGCCUUUUGGGAGAAGGAACUGAAAGAGACCAAGGACCGAGCUGUUCAGGAAGUUGAAAAAGAGUGGCAGAGCCGUCUGGAUCAAGCGCUGGAUGCUGCAAAGAGAGCGGUUGUGGAACUCAAAGAUAGUGGCAGCCAAACGGAGCCCUUAUCCCUCAGAGAUGAUUUUCUACGCCCGCUGAUUGCGGAAGCCGUUGAAGAGCAAACGCAGCUGUUUCAGGAGGCCCUGGCAGAAAAGGAAAAGGCCGUAAGAGAGCUUGAAGCAAAACAUCACGAGAGUAUUGCAAGCCAGGUGGAAUCUUCUCUGACCAAAGCUCGCGCCCGGUGGCUGCAGGAAUUGACGGAGCUGGAGGAGUUCAAAGCGCACCUGAAGGCAGCCAAGGCGAAAUGGGAGGCGGAGGAGUCCGGAACGGGCACCGCAAAGCAGGUAUCGCUGGCUCUUUCUGCUGCAGAAGAGAAAUUGAAGAAGGAGAUUGAGAACAGCGAGAAGAUUCGAGCAAGGACCAAGGAGCUGGAAGAGAAAACUUUUUCCCUGGAAAGGGAACUGGAGCUUAAAAAAGAAGAAAUCCCUGCCAUCGUUAAAGCAGAACUGGCCAAAGCAAGGACCCAGUGGAACAAGGAGAAGCAAGAAGAGAUGCUGAGGAUACAGGAACAAAACGAAAAAGAUUACCAUUUGUUUCUACACGAGCACAGAAAUAAGAUCAACGAGGUGCUAACAAAGGCCAAAGAAGAGUUUGCCAAGCAGAAGGAAGACCUCCUUGAGCAAAAAGAAGCAGAGCUGAAGAUGUGUCUGAGUCGAAGGCAACAGGAAUGGGCGCUUCAGGAAGCCAAGCGGUUCCACGCCGAAAUUGGCCAGUACGAGGACAGGAUUCUGGCUCAGGUGGCACUCACCUUGGACGACGUGCACAGAGAGUUGGUCAGAUUUGCAAGCGACGAGCUAACCUGGCCCACCGAGUGGAACACCCCGAGUCCUGUUCAAAUCAGCCUCCCGUUCAAAGAGAAAUUGACGUUUUGUCUGCAGAAAGCUUAUAAAAGCACCGUUUAUGCUCUUUUAGAAAAGGCCAAACAAAAGUGGAAGGAGAAGCAUGAAGAUCGGGUCUCUCCUUCCAAAACCUGUGAAGACUCCCACAUGCGAAGCGGCGAAGGGGAGACGGGAGACACAGCCAGGCCGCUCCUGUACGACGUCGGGCAGCAAGUAGAGCUGGAACGAAGGCUGAGAAAGCCGCAGCCUUCGCAAGAGGCCCCGAUGGGUUCCGUCCCGUCAGUGGCCUCGAACAGUUUGUGCUGGCCGUCUGCAGAUUCAAAGUGUAAGACGAGGGACCUGUUGUUCCAGGAAGGCGCGUGCUGCCAACAUUGUCACCAGCAGCUUGAAAAAAAGGAAAAAGAAUGCCAGGAUUUGAAACGGAAACUGGACAAAGCUUGCCGGCAUCUCCAGUCUGCAGUAAAGGAGCAAAAAGCAAAGUCCGAGCAAAUUCAAGAAAGUGGAAAAAUUGAGGAGAGUUUAACAGAAGAAAACCCUUCAAUUAACAAUAAACUGGAAGAUUUCAAAUCAGCCAGCAUUCCCCCAAGAUCAUCGUCAGAAGGGUGCAUUUCAAAACCAUGUGCUUCCUGUGAUGCAAAAGCUUUGGAAGAAAUGCGUUCUCAGUACAUUAAAGCCGUGGGGAAAAUUAAGAGUGAUAUGCUUCGUUACAUCCACGAAAGUAAAGAGCGAGCUGCAGAAAUUAUUAAAGCAGAAGUGUCAAGGGAACGUCAGGAGACCACCCGGAAGAUGCGCAAAUAUUACCUUAUUUGUCUUCAGCAGCUUCUGAUGGAUGAUGGAAAGCCUGAAGGGGCUGAGAAGAAGAUCAUCUCUGCUGCCAGCAAAAUAGCAACCAUGGCUAAGAUACUAGAGACUCCGGUCCGUAACGCAUCCCACCCAAAAGCUUCCCAGUCAGCCCUGUCACAAAACACCAAGCUGUUUGCUGAGGUGGAAGAACCUCAGAGGCAUCAUCCUAGGCAGAUCCCCGCGGAAAGCCACGCUCGUGGCGAAAACCCGGCUGCCCACAGACGCAUCCCGUGGAGCCUCCAGCAACAGCUGGAUGCAGAAAACCCGCCGGCCGUUGCUUCCCGGACCCAGACCGAUGGGAGAGCUUUGAAGCCGCCGGGUGGUUCUUCAGCCCCCUCUCUGCCAGUGACGGUGUUCACGGCGGACGGAAGUGCCAGCCGUGGUCUGCCUCCCCUCAGCGCACCCCAGAAUCCUCCUCCAUGUCUUUCUCAAGCCAAGCUGCAGGACCUCCUCCCAAGCAGCUGUACAGGCGGCGCGGCUGAUUCAGGGGCGGCUUGUGGCGGGUUUCAGCGCCCAAGUGAAAAAACGGGAUUGAGAGAACCGGAUGGCGUCCAGGCUGUAAAACAUCGAACGGCAACCUUUGAGAAGAGUCAAGGCCAAGAAACUGUGGAAACUCCCGUAAGGGAUUCUGGAGCCUCUUUGGACUGGACUUUGCUGAGGGAUGCGCCUCUGCACCCUUUUCAGAAAGUGCGUUCUGGAGCGCAGGCAGGACCCUGCGAACAGUUUUACACGGCCAGUCACUUUCCUCCGGCCAAGGACGAUGCUUCUGUGUUUUGUUGGCGACCGGGUGGUCCCCAGGACACGUCGCCUGUAACCAGGAGGCAGGGCCCGCCUUGUCAGGAGAGCCAUUUGGCCUCUCGCGUGCCCUGUUCGAACCCGGACAAUCUAAGCCCUUCUGACGCCCCUCGUAGCGGGGCCAUGUUCUGUUCCACGGCCGGGAAAAGCUGCCACCCGCUGCAUUCAAGGAAGCAGAUGCGGGACGUGGCGGCUUUCCAUCAGGACAGUGGCUUUGACAGCCCGCAGAUCAACUUUGAUUGAACCCUAGGGUUCUGUGCGCGGUGCUCCGUGAGAGAGAGGCUGAAAUACAUUGAAAUGAAAGCUGUGAAGGAAGCGGGUCGUGACUGUUCUUGUGAGUGGUUUCAUUUUUUAAAAACACUUCCCUAUUUGACUGUUACAUGAGCAGACCUGUCAUAAACUCCUAUGUCGGUUUGUUCUUCUGUCGCCUGACCUCCACUUUUCUAUUGAUUGCCUUUUUUAUACGUGUGUGCGCGUGUUGAGUGUGUGUGUCGUGUGUCAGCUGAUCUGUUUUGAUACCUCAAAAUUAGUGUGCAGGCAAGUGCAAACUUUUUUUAUAUUUAUAAAGAAAUAAAUCUGAGACUUUGUAGUCUAUGUGUACAGUUGUCCCUACCAUUUU